UGCUUAAGUCCGGAAGUGACUUCAGCCACGAAAUUAUUCGUUUUCCUCUUCCCUUCCGAUCUUUUUCCUUGUGUCUCGUAUCCUUAAGCUUCAAUACAAGGAAAGCUGGUCUUUGCAAAGCGGCUCAAGGAAUCUUUCUGAGUGAAGGACUGGGAAGUCUGUAACCAAUCCAAAGUCAUGUCCGUGGGCUGCAUUUACACACGGCUGAGCCUUCUACUUCGACCACCCCGUUUGAUGCUUUUCCAUCAUCCCAGUUGUGCCAUCCAUGCCUCCAGUGCCACACUUGCUGGACACAACAAGUGGUCCAAAGUCAGACAUAUUAAGGGUCCUAAAGAUAUUGCACGUUCCUUGGUCUUCCAAAAACUUACCAUGAUGAUCCGUUUUGCUGUGAGGGAAGGAGGACCCAACCCACAUCUUAACACUAAUUUAGCCAACAUUAUUGAGGUGUGUCGAAGGAAGAAUAUGCCAAAAAACUCUAUUGAAACAGCCAUCUCUGGCGCGGAAAAGAUGAAAUCCAUCUAUCACUUCUGCAGCAUCCGAGGUCCAGGUGGUUCAUCAUUCUAUGUCGAAAUACUGACAGACAACUUAAAGAGGACUUCCAAUGAAAUCCGACAUCUUUUAAACAAAAAUGGGGGGAGCAUUGCUGAAGGGAUUCACAAUCAUUUUGAAAAAAAGGGGGUUGUGAUUGUCAGCAAGGAAGACAAAUCCGGCAGUCCUGUCAGCUUGGAUCAGGCACUUGACUUGGCAAUUGAAGCUGGAGCUGAAGAUGUCCAAGAAGAGGAAGAGGAGGAUGAGAAGGUGGUGUUCAGGAUUAGUCUUCCAAAGAAUCAACCCCACCACUGUUGGAGAAUCCCAGGUUUAUUUCUUCUGUGUCCACCUUGCACCAAGUACGUGAAAAACUGGAGUCGCUGGGUCUUUGUUCAUUGUCUGCUGGCCUUGAAUUCAUCCCAAUUGUCCAUGCCCAGCUAUCAGACCCAGAGAUAGAAAUGGCCGUAAGGUUGCUAGAGGCCCUUGAAGACCACGUAGAUGUUGUUCGGGUAUACAACAACAUUGCAUAGUUUUACCAGCAUGCCUCCAGGAGCUACUGAAGCCUUACCAGCUAAAUUCUGGUAUUAUUUUUCCCUGAUUCAAACCAAGACUAUUAAUGGUAAAUGAGGUUUGCUAUGUUUCUGACAUGUCCAUGUGCCUCUUUGCCCUGCUCUUCAAGUUCCUUGUCGGAAGACAACCCAACGGCAUGUACCAAAUAUGGAUGCUAGAAAAGUGCUGGAGCAAAACAGCUUGGACAACUCCUCCCAGAAAUAUCUGGGAUUGGUUACUAGCUUCCAUUGGAGGACAGUGUGGCUGUCUCAUUAGCACCUCAAUAUAACAAACCAAUCAUAUCCAAACAGAUAAUUCCCAAGCCAACAGUGAUACGUUAACUGAAAGUUCAGUAAUCUUGAUAGAACUGGAUACGUUCUUAGUCCAUUUUUCCUGAGCUGUUGGGAGAUAAUUCUGCCUUCUUCAAGCAUGCAAGCUUGUAAAAAAUCUUUACACACACACAUCCGUACACACCUGAAUUUAUGUGUGAUGGAACCAGUUUGGAUACAUAUUUUGCUCCUUUGGGAUGCCUCCAUGGUGGACAGUAAAUGCAUCCAAAUAGCCAUUCUGAAUCAUAUUAAAGCAUUUGUCCUGAAGAAUCAUUCAGCAGCAAUUCACAUCUGUGUUGCUAGGAUCAGUAUCACUUUGUUUUCCCCCGGCUUAGAUCAAUUUGUUCAGAAAUAUUAAUACAGAAACUGAAAGUUGGUAUGCAAA